AAGGGGGAGGGAAGAUGGUUGGUGCGAAUCUGAAAGCCGAGACGAUGGCUCUCAUGGAGCAGAGAGACGCCAUGGAAGCUGACAUGAACUCCAUCAUCCACCGCCUCUCUCAGCCUGGCGGUCCCGGCCUUUCCGGAAAUCUCCUCGAUUCCGAUGGUUUUCCUCGUCUAGAUAUCGACAUUCCGGCGGUGAGGGCAGAGCGCCGUCGUCUUGCCGAGCUACGGAACAACCACAGGGAGCUAACAGAGAAAAUAAAUGCAAACAUUCAAAUUCUACAUUCGGUUAGGCCUUCUUCUAAGACAUCAUCCACUAAUAAUUCAGGUUAUGAUGUGUGUUCAGAAGUACAAGUCUUGCCUGCUGCACUCACUUCAUUGUCUGCCUCCGGAGCCAUGGAUGUGGAUGUGGGUGCUAGUAGUAUCCCGUUUGCUAUGAUUGAUGAGAUAACCGAAUCAUCUCCAGCGGCAGAGGAUGGCUUACAGCUCGGAGAUCAGGUUGUGAAAUUCGGCAACGUGGAGGCUGGUGACAACCUGUUGCCAAGACUCACUGCCGAAGCUCAGUCUAAACAGGGUCAAGCAAUUCCUGUUGUUGUAGUAAGGCAAGGUGCAUUGGUCAACAUACCUGUCACACCGAGGAUAUGGCAAGGCAGAGGUCUAUUGGGGUGCCAUUUCUCUGUGCUAUGACCAGCAUUUGCUUCCAUGGAUGCCCUUUAGAGACCUGAUUUUGGUUGAAGCUUCUGUUUUGUGAUCAAUUGCUGGGCGAUGGGUUUGUAAAGAACAUGUCUGAAAACUUACCAUGUCCAAACGGAGAUCAAUGUCAAUGAGAAACUGUGUUUUUUUAACGGGUCAAUGUUCUGAUGGCAUUCAAAAGCCUGCACGGUACGAGUGGUAUUUGCCAAUGAUACUAUACUCUAUGAAAAGGAAAUGGGUUUUGGCGUU